CAUGUCUGCUGUAAAUUCAAGUUUUUUACUGUUAAAUUUAAAGUUUUAUUUAAUCCAAAUGCGAACAAGUUUUGCAUACUCCUUAUUUUUUUCAAAAUAUUAUCUUAGCUAUAAUAUUAAUUUAAUUUCGUUACCUAACUUAACAAUUUUCAAGAGUGAUUAAAAUGUUUUUUAUUCUUAUAAGGCUCAUCUGAAUCCUUUUUGACAUAAAUUGGUUCAUUUAAUUUUUUUGAAAGCAUUCUAUGACAUUCAACAGAAUACUAAAAUUUACAAUUGUAAGUGAAAAACCAAAUUUCUUUGCAAUGAAAGUCUUGAUUUAACCAAUAUGAUAGGUGAAAAAUUGAAAGCUAAAAUAUCAUACUUUAAUUCAUUAAAAGAUUUUUAUGUUUAUAAUUCAAAUGACUUAAAAGUAAUCCAAGACAUUUCAUCAUCAUUUGAACUAGUUAAAAAUGAUCUCGUGCCAUUAAACUGUAUUAAAGUUGGGGAUUUAGUAGCAGCUCAAUAUGAUGAUGAUAGUUUGUGGUAUAGAGCUAAGGUUCGAGAUAUUCAAGAGAGUUAUACCACAGUUCAAUUUAUUGACUAUGGGAAUUCCGAUAAAUCUUCAAAUAUUAGACAACUACCAGAAAAACUAAUAAAUAUAAAACCAGUAAUUUAUCAUUGCAUUCUUGAUGAUGUUGAUUCUGAAGAAAAAGUAUUAUUUGAAAAUAAUAGUGUUUUUGAAGUUAUUCAUGAAUUUAUGAUUUCAAAUGAAAUAGAAUUAGAGUUUAUUAGUAACUCAUCACCUUAUUUGGUAAAAAUAGUGUGGAAUAAUAGAAACUUAAAAGAAAUACUAAAUAAUGUCAUAGAGUUUGGUAUUACUCCACUUAUGAAUGAAGAACCAAAAAAAACUAAUGAAGAUUUUAUCAAGGAACCUGUCACUCUUGUACAUAUUAAAACAUUCAAUGAGUUUUAUGCCCAAACAAAUCUUUUAAAAGAACUAAAAUUAAAAAUUGAUCAAGAAUUUUAUAGUGAACAACUAUGGAAUCCUCUUAUUGAUAUAAAAUAUGGAGAAGUAGCAGUAGGAAAAAGUGUAGAUGAUAAUAACUGGUAUAGAAUAAGAAUCUUAAAUACUCAUGACGAUGGUUUAUAUUUUUGCUAUUUUAUUGAUUAUGGAAUUAAGGGAACCUGUACAGAUAUUUAUGAAGCUAACAGUUUUCUUAAGUCUACACCUCCUACUAUUAUACGAUGUAAACUUAAUAUAUCCAAUAAUAUAAAAAUGCUUUGUAAUAAUAGUUUAUUGAAUAGCUUUAUUGAUGAGAUGUCUCUGAGCUGUAAUCAAUCUGUUACAAUGUCUGUGUUAAAAGGAAAUGAACCUUGUCUAGUAGAUAUCUUUAUAGAUGGUUUAUCUCUUAUUGAUAUAAUAAAACCUUAUCCUGUUGUCGUCACUCAGGUGUCACAUAUUAAUGCAUUAACAUUACAGGUUAUGACACCAGGUAGAUGUAAAGUUUUAUGUGAACUUGCUAGUGCUAAAUCUUUAAGUAUAGUCUCUAAACCAAAAAUAGGUAAAAUGUAUGCAGCAAAUAUAAAUGGAUUUUGGGUACGAGUUAGGUUAGUUAAAAUUUGUCCAAAAAAAUUGAUGGAUGUAAUUUUAGUUGAUAUGUGUGGUGAAGUAUCAGCUGUUCAUGCAUUAUUUGGUUUACCAAAAUGUAUUCAAGAUCUAAAAACAAUGAUGAUGCAUGGUUCUCUUGGUUUAGACGAAAUUUCAUAUAGUUCAAGUAAACUAAGAAAACUAUGUGAUGGUGGUAAAACUGAAUUUGAUAUGAUCAUAACUGCCCACAAUGAUAUUGUUGGUCACAAUAUAGUACUUUUUAAAAAUAAUAUCAAUGUAUCACGUUUGAUUAAAAAAGAGUAAACUAUAUAUAAUAAAAUUUUAAAAAAUUUCCAUUUAAUGUAUAAUUAUAAAAUUUCCUCAUAUUGCGUGCUUAUUAUAAAAUUAAGUUUGAGUAAGUGUAUGUAAAUUUUAUUUUUUCAAUUCAUUCAUAUAUUUUAGAAUGAACAUUUUUGUUAAUUAUGUAAUAAUCAAUGGUUAUAUAUAGUUACUUUGUAAGAUUAAACAAUUUGUUGUUUUUAUUACUCAUUUUGUUAUAUUAUGUUUUUUGUUCCAAAUGUAGAAAUAUUCAUUUUUAUUUAUUUACUUUAUGAAUUUGUUAUGAACUCGUAUUAAUAUGGUCAGUUUUU